UGUGAGUGAAAAAGAGUCGAGUGUGAGCGAGGACCGGAAAGCGAGAAAGAAAGAGAGAGGGCCAAAACGCAGGGAAAUGGUGUCGUACGUGAACGCGUUGCUGUACGGCGUGGGGGGGAUAGUGGUGGCCGGGAUAGCGUUGCUGGUGGCCUUUCAGGAGAAGCUGGUAUACGUGCCGGUCCUCCCGGGUCUCAGCAAGUCUUACCCGGUCACCCCGGCCCGGCUCCGACUCCCCUACGAGGAUAUCUGGCUCCGAUCCUUCGACGGCGUCCGCCUCCACGCAUGGUUCAUCAAGCUCUUUCCCGAGUGCCGAGGUCCCACCAUUUUAUUCUUCCAAGAAAAUGCUGGAAAUAUUGCCCACCGUCUAGAAAUGGUCCGAAUAAUGUUACAGAGGUUGAAUUGCAACGUUUUUAUGCUUUCAUACCGAGGUUAUGGAGCUAGUGAUGGCUAUCCUUCCCAGCAUGGAAUCAUAAUGGAUGCUCAGGCUGCAUUGGAUCAUCUUUCUCAGAGGAGUGACAUUGAUACAUCUAGAAUUGUUGUGUUUGGAAGGUCACUUGGGGGUGCAGUCGGAGCCGUACUUACCAAAAACAACCCUGACAAGGUUGGUGCACUAAUACUCGAGAACACUUUCACAUCUAUUCUGGACAUGGCUGGAGUUUUAUUGCCCUUCCUGAAGUGGUUCAUUGGAAAAAGUUCGAAAGGUCCUAGAAUUCUUAAUUUUCUUGUACGGUCUCCAUGGAGUACAAUUGAUAUCGUUGGCCAGAUUAAGCAGCCAAUUCUUUUUGUAUCUGGAUUGCAAGAUGAGAUGGUUCCCCCAGUCCACAUGCAGAUUCUGUAUGCUAAAGCAGCUACUCAUAACAGGCAAUGCCUCUUUGUGGAGUUUCCUAAUGGCAUGCAUAUGGACACUUGGCUGUCUGGUGGCGAUCAUUACUGGAGAACGAUACAGCAGUUCCUUGAACAACAUAUUCCUGAGAAAAAAGAAAAUGGCUCAUCCCGCAAUAACAAUGAUUUCGAGGCGAGGUGAUUGGUUGACAUGUUGACUUUUGAGGUGUUAUUGAUUGGCUCACCCAAGGAUUCAAAAGAUUUCUACCUGUUCUUUUGAAGCUGCAGCAAUCAAGAGCUCUCUGUGAGGAGUUGCUGCCUGCCAAGACCUACUGCAGCCAUCCAGGUUUUCCUCUGGGAGAUUUUUUUCUUUUGUAGGUUUUACAAGCUUCAGAAGAAACUAGAAGAAAUGUGAAUGCCCUUGUAUACUGUGGGACUUUGACACACAUUAAAUACCUAGUCAGUACUGACUGUCGUUGUAUGAAAUAAAAAUUUCCUGACUUCAAAAAUAUAUCCAGAGUUUGAUGCGCUGGACUGUUGUA